UUUAAUUAUAUAACUAUUUUUAAGUGUAUGCAAUAGUAUAGUAAUACAGAAAUAUCAAAAGCAUGUGACAAAAUUAUAUUAUCGGACGCAUAUUUAAAUUUCUACUUUAUUAACUAUAAAAAUCAGAAAGAAGUACAACACCAAAAUGAAAAUUGACAGUAAACCGCUUCGAUAUGCUCACGCUGAGGGUCACACCGAUGUGUGUUAUACUGAAGAUGGAAGGCACAUCAUUACUUGUGGUCAUGAUGGUGAUGUUAGGAUUUGGUUAGAUAUUGAGGAUGAUGAUCCCAACUCGCAUUGUGUUGGGGAGAGUGCACUGGCUGUAUGUUUUAAAGACAAUCGAUUAUAUGUUGCUACAGAUAAUCAUGCAGUGCAAGCAUAUACAUUUCCAGCAUUUGAUAAAGAUGGAAUAAUAUCCAGAUUUACAGCUCCAAUUACUCAAAUUACGUCAAAACCAAAAAUAGAAGCUUUAGGGUGCACAUCUGAGAAUAUGGAAGCAAAAAUCUGCAGCCUGGAAGGUGGUGCCCCAAUAUUUGUGAUGUCUGAACACAAGGGUCCUGUGCUCAGUAUGGCUAUAUGUCCACAUAUGAAAUAUGCAUGUACUGCAUCUGGAGAUGGUACUCUACGUGUCUGGGAUAUUGACACACAGAAAAUUGUUAAGGAAAUCUCCUGUGUACCGAAAAUAAACACUUUUUAUUCUGCCAAAGUUUUGUGUCGUAUGGAUUUUGAACCAUCAGAAGGAAAGUAUCUUGCUUAUCCUAGUAAUAGAGAAAUAAUUAUAUUAAGCUGUGAGAAUUUUAAUCAAAGAAUGACAUUCACACACAGCACAAUAAAAUGUGCCAUGUCUCAAUGUCUAUUUUCUCCGUGUGGCCAAUAUUUAUCGGGUAGCACAGUAGCUGGUCAGAUAGCUGUUUGGGAAGUCGACUCAGGGACAUGUAUGGGAAUUAUUGAACAUCCAACUUCACAUAAUGUCUCUGCUAUGGCAUGGAAUCCUAAAGGUAAUGGAGUGCUUGUGUACUGUGAUGUAGCUGGUCAACUAGGAAUGUUGGUUAACUGCUACGGCAGAGACAGUUCCAAAUCUGGUGAAACAGAGAGUGAAGAUGUUGAAAUGGUUGACAAGGAUGAUGAUAAUGAUGAAAUAUUGGAUAACUUAAUUGAACACUAUGAAAGUGAUGAUGACAAUGCCAUAUCAUUAGAAAAAAUAAAAAACGAGACUCUCGGCUUGGUUGAAAAGGAUGACUCUAGACCUCCAUCGAGGGUGGUAGACCACACACCAAUAAAUGAACCAGUACAAGCACCAUUCCAGCCUUCUUCAACACCAAUUCAUCUUGAACAUAGGUACAUGUGCUGGAAUGAUGUUGGCAUAGUUCGCUGUCACACUGCUGAAAAUGGGGAGUCCAGUAUUGAUGUAGAAUUCCAUGAUUCAAACCUGCAUCAUGGCAUACACCUCAAUAACUACUUAAACCACACUAUGGCAAGUCUGUCAGCGACUGUUCUGGCUUUGGCUUGCCCAACACCCAGCAAGCUUGUGUGCAUAUCACUAGUGGGGAGCAGCAAAGAGUGGAGCGUGUCCAUGCCGGACACUGAGGAGAUAGUUUGUUUAGCAGCCACAACUGACGUUGUUGCGUGUGCGACUGAUGCUAGAUUUCUCAGGCUGUUUACCCCCUUGGGCACACAGAGACAGGUGCUGUCGCUGGCGGGCGCGCCGGUGGCGCUGGCGGGGCGCGGCGCGCGGCUGGCGGCGGCGUACGGCGCGGGCGGGCGGCUGUGGCUGGACGCGGUGUGCGCGCGCAGCGGCCGCGUGCGCUCGUGGGCGGUGGCGCUGAGCGAGGGCGCGCGCCUGAGCUGGCUGGGCUGCGGCGCGGCGGGGCCCGUGAGCGCCGACAGCGCGGGGCGCGUGCGCGGCCUGCGCGAGGCGACGGGCGCGUGGCUGCCGCUGGCCGACACGGCCGCGCACCGCCGCGGGGACUCCGACUCCUGGUUCAUCGUGUCGGUCUGCGAGGGCACGCAAAAAGUACGCGCAAUAUUAUGCAGAGGAUCUUCGUACCCUGUGACUGUACCUAAACCCAUCGUUACCGAAUUACCGUUACAGAUCCCACUCUGUGAAUUAGACACGGAGAAGGGACAGUACGAAGAACAGUUGGUACGCUGGGCGAACACCAGUCCCGAUGUCGACGUGAAGACUGCGAGAGAAACUGCCCUCAAGCUAUUUGCUCUCGCAUGCCGUAGUGAAAUAGAGCAGAGGGCUCUCGAAUUAAUGGAGCUACUGCGGGACGAUCGUCUCCUCCCACUUGCAGCGAAGUACGCCUCUCGUCUGGGUCGAAUGCAUCUGGCGGAAAAACUUUCGAAUCUCGCCGAAACAUGGGAAAGGGAAUCGGAUAAUCUGAACGUUGCCCAAAACUUACACACUCAAGGGCUUGAUAGUCAAGAUUCAAAUGACAUCACGAACUCGGAGCAAAAUUUGAAUGCAAGUUUGAUUAUACCACAAAAAACUACUAAGAAAAAAACCGAAAACGAUACUCCAAUAAAACCUGUUCCGAUAAAAUCAUCUCCCGGAGGAGCGAGAAAUCCAUUCAGGAGACAACCAGACUCAACUAAAGCAGUUCAAAGUCCACUAAGUUUAACUGAGAGGACCCUCGUGGAAGUGCAUGCAGCAGACGAUAAAACCGAAAAUGACGAUCCUCUCAAACCUCAAGUCGGAGAAGCAUUCGUGGAUUGGUUUUCUCGGAAUAAAACUUUGCUAGAAGAACAGCAUUCUGAACUAACACCUUCAGAGCUGACUCGGCAUUGUGUGAGAACAUUCAAAAGCCUCCAGACUAAAUCCAACGAUAAUAGCCAGAAACGGAAACUCGAUGAUGUAGUAGAUGACCCCCCCGUAACUAACGCACCAAAACAGUCUAAACUUAGUGCCUUUGCCUUCUCGAAAAAAAAUUAAAUGAAAGGAAAAUAAAAUUUAAAUUAGGUAGCAUGUUUAUUUUAUAUUUAUUUAUUAU